AUGAUUUUACUGACGAUGAUCGCUCGUGUGGCGGACGGGCUUCCGCUAGCAGCUUCCAUGCAAGAGAAUCACCAGUCAGGACGAGACCUCCAGCAGUACCAGAGUCAAGCCAAGCAACUGUUUCGCAAACUCAACGAUCAAAGUCCAGACCGCUGCACCUUGGAAGCCAAAGACAUGAGCUUUCAUUACGUCAUCGCAGACGGCGUUUGCUACCUUUCCCUUUGCGAGCCAUCCUUCCCCAAGAAAAUGGCCUUCGCGUACCUGGAGGACCUUCACGGCGAGUUCUCCGACCAGUACGGACACAAGGUUUCCGCGGUGACCAGGCCGUACUCCUUCAUCGAGUUUGACACGUACAUCCAGAAAAGCAAAAAGUCGUACAUUGACAGCAGGGCGAGGAGGAACUUGGGUAGUAUCAAUACAGAGCUACAGGAUGUUCAAAGAAUCAUGGUGGCAAAUAUUGAAGAAGUUCUACAACGUGGAGAAGCAUUGUCUGCCCUGGACUCCAAAGCCAGCAAUCUGUCCACGUUGUCGAAGAAGUACCGCAGCGACGCCAAGUACCUCAACACCCGCUCCACGUACGCCAAAGUUGCCGCCGUGGCUGUCUUUUUCCUCACGCUCAUCAUCUACGUGCGCUUCUGGUGGCUCUGA